AUGGUAGAGAAUGCUCGACUUAAUUUUGAUUUGAACGCCGCUAAUAGUGAAAUUAAUGAUGCCAAAUCUUAUCUCAAUAAUAUUUCCGACCUAACAUCAAUUAAUUUAGAACCUUACAAAAACGCUUAUCGUGAUUUACCAAACGCUCAAACUACAAUAAACAACGCCCAAACUCACUUAGGGGUUAUUGAUUUAAAUAAUUUGCCAGAUAUGGGCGGGAAAAAUCUCACGCAAUUAGUUAAUUAUGCUCGUUCAAAUUGUCAUGUUCCUACUCACACUGAUUAUAACCAAAGGCACAAUGAAAGCCAAGAAUAUCAAAGAAUAAACACUAAACUAAAUGGUAAAAUUUCUGAUUCCGAACUAGAUAUUACACUUCUCAAAUUAAAUCAAAAAGAGAAAGAUAAUGAAUUAUCUCAAAAAAUUUCACAAGACUUAAAGAAUAAUGAAGAAUUAGUAAAGUCCUUGCUAGAAAAUUUUAAGGGGGAGUUAGAAAAACAAAAGGAAAAAAAUAAUGCUUUGACCGAGAAGAUUACACUUUCUCUUGACAAAAAUGAAUCAUUAAUAAAAUUACGUUUAGAGAAUUUAAGCACAGAGAUGAAAAAUAAUGUAGCGCAGCCCUUGGAGAAAAUUAAUAGUAUUCUUCUACACCCUUUUCAACGCGGAAAAUUGGGAAAUUCACAAUUAGACCAGCUAUUAUCCUUAUAUUUACCUAAGGAUCACAAAGUUUAUCAAAUAGAAUUCAGCCUCAAGAAAAAAAGAGCCAAUGGUGAUGGUCUAAGGGUAGACGCAAUCGUUUUCGGUGUGGAUGGUAAAAACAAUAUCGCUAUUGAUAGUAAAUUUCCGCUCGAGAAUUAUCUCUUAUCAGCAGAUAGUAAAUUAACUAAAGAGCAAAGGGAAGAGUUCGAAAAAAAAUUCAAGAAUGACUUAAAGAACCACAUUAAGAAAGUUGCCGAGUACAUUUCGGAAUUAGACAGCACAAAACAUGCUAUUAUGUUUGUUCCUUCAGAAGUUAUUUUUGCAAAAAUUAAUGAGAAUAAUUUUUACGAAAUUAUUGAGUUAGCAUUGGAAAAAAAAGUUACUAUUUGUUCUCCUAUACUUUUGAAUUGGAUAAGUUUUGAGAAGACCUUGACCGAUUUCAAGGAAGGAGAAAAUAAUUUACUAAAAGCAAAAACUGAAAUGGCAGCAGUUUUGCAAGGAGAAAGCCGAGAAGAAGAAUUAUAA